GCGGAGGGGGAUUCGCGAGAGUUCGCACGCAUACACCGGCGAGCACACAUUGGCGCACGGCCAACAGUGAAUUCGUUCGCCGGCUCCCAACAGGAACGCGUCGUCGCCGACAUACACAGCGUGAGCGCCAACCUAACCGAGGGGGAACACCAUACAUAUAUAGAUACACCGUUAUUAAUUCUACGGUCGUGGGCGAGUCGUUUGUGAAAAUGGCCGGGGAAAAGCGCAGCCAGGAUCAGGACGAGACCGCGAGGACGGUGCUCGUAGACAUCGAAGGCACCACCACGAGCAUCAGUUUCGUGAAGGAGACCCUUUUCCCCUACGUGCGCCAGAAUUUGAAAAAUUAUAUCGAGACGAAAUGGGAGGAUGAGGAGUUCAAACAAGACUAUGAAAAAUUAAAGGAACAGGCAAAAAAGGAUGAGAAAGAUAAAUUAGAUGGCUUUGUAGCGAUUACUGGUGAGAAGCCUGAAGAAGAAAAAGAUUCACUUUUGAAAAAUGUUUUGUGGCAAAUGGAUAAUGAUCGUAAAACAGGGGCAUUAAAGCAAUUGCAAGGACAUAUGUGGCGUGAAGCAUAUAAAACAGGCGCAGUUAAAGCUCAUGUUUAUGAAGAUGUUCCUAAAGCACUUGAAUCUUGGAAAAAUGAUGGCAGAAAAAUAUAUGUCUACUCAAGUGGCAGUGUUGAGGCGCAAAAACUUCUUUUCGGGCAUUCUAUACAUGGCGAUUUGCUUAAGUAUUUCAGUGGUUUCUUUGAUACAGAAGUAGGUGCAAAGCAAGAAAGUGAUAGCUAUAAAAACAUAUUGAGUAAAAUUGACGACAAACCAUCCAAUGUUGUUUUUCUCACUGAUGUUGUAAAAGAAGCCGCAGCUGCCAAGGAAGCAGGUUUAUCAACAAUCAUUGUAGUACGUGAGGGUAAUGCAGCUCUUAAUGAUGAAGAAAAGAUUAUGUAUACAACUAUCAAAUCCUUCUUGGAUUUAACAUUUCAAACGUCUACAAAGCGACAGAAAUUAGAAACAGCAAAUGAAAAAGUUGAGAAAGAUACGACUGAUGUCAGUGAGCCGAUGGAUACUUCUGAAGAUGUAGAAAUACCUGACAUUAAUGAUCAAAAAAAUGAAAAAGACGAAGAUAUGAAAGAAGUGACUGAAUCGGAAGGAACAGAAUGUUUAAAGAGUCAAUUGUCACAAGAUGCUGCAAUUUCUCUGCCGCUAAAGGAAGAAGCAAUGGCGAUUGAAAAAGAGCCCUUAAAUUCUGAACAGGAGACUCCAAUUGCGGGAGCAGAAGAAUCUGGUGUCAAACCUAAGGACAUGAACGAAGAUACAAGCUCAUCUGGAAAUGUAGAAGAAACAAUGAAAGAUGACGCUAUAGCCACAAAAAACAGCGAUCAAAUUGCUAUACCAGAAAAGACUGAAGAAGACUUGGAUACAGUCACAACUGAAAUUAUUCCCACUGCCAAUAAAUCCUUAGAUGUAUCUAUAUCAGAAUCUAUAUCAAAAUCUGAAAAUACUCCGACAUCUUCCGAGAAAAAAAUCAAAGACUCAACAGAUAUUGCGAAAAAUGUACAAGCUGAACUUGUCAACAAAACUCAAACUGCUGAAAAUGACAAAAAAGACGACAUUGAACCGCAGUCACAAAAUUGUGACAAAACAACAACAGAUAAACCUGAAGAAUGCUUGACAGCAGAAAAAGAUGAAGUAAAGGAAGAAUCAAAGAUUGUUUCCGGCAUAUCUGAAAGCGAAAAUGUUUUAACGAAGAAUGAAAAAGAAGAAAUAAAAAAUCAAGAGUCAACUGUGGUAGACUUUACGGAAAAUGGGGAGACUGUACAGGCAGCUGUGGAAAAAACUAUAGUAACAGAAACUGAAGCAACAACUAGUACAACAGACGUAAAGAAAGAAAUAACAACUGAAGCAUCCACAGAGAAAAGUUUGGAAGCAGUUGCAAAACCUGAAAAAAUCGAUGAAAAGACACCUCAAGAAACGGAGGAAACGGUGGUCACUGACGCUGAAAAACGCGAGAAUGAAACUACGAAACAGGAGGUAAUAAAAGAUGAAGACACAGUGAAAGAAGAGAAUGUGGUGGAUAUGAAAGACAAAAAUAUAGUGGAUUCGGAAAAGCAAAAACUCAAUGGAACCGCACAAAACGGAAAUACGGAUGUGCCAGUGUUGGAUGAUAAAUUACACAGUAACGGACUGAACGAAGGAACGUCGAAGGAAACGACGAGCGAAGAAGCGGCGGCGCAAAACGGUGAGCCUGAGAGUUCGUCAGAAAGUAGUGCGGAGUCCAUAAAAGUUAAAAAGGUCGUCGAUUCUACCGUAGUCGACGGUGCCGGAGAACCCGACGUUGUUCCUCCUGUAGUUGUAGCGGCGACGUCUUAACUUUGUUCUUAUACAGUUUAAGGAGCCCUACAUGCAUAACCCUAAUCCACAAGUACUUAUUCACAGGUAUAAACUGAUAUAAAUUGAUUCCAUAUACUUUACGUAAAUCGUACUACGCGUCCAAAACGUGACGCGCUAUUUUAAAAUGCAGUUCGUAAACUACCGUUCCUUUCGAUGAUUAUAACGAGAAAUAGAAAAUAACGGGAUACGGAAGAUUUGAUUGUUUUUUAAACAUUACGAUAGUUGUAUAUUUUAUUUUUCGUGAUGAUGGCCAACUUCUAUUUAUAUGAUGUCUACAUCGUUAACGUUUUAUGUUAACUCGUACAUACACUGACUGAUGCCUAUAUCAUGGAGAUCGGCUUUUAUCGUUAAUUUUUUCAUGUCUGCUUUUCCUAAUAACGAUCCAUCUUCGAUUAUUGUCACAAUUUCGAUAAGGGAAAGCUUGACGUGACAUAUUACGAUUAAACUUGCAAAACUUUCUUAGCUGUAAUUUCGCGCGUGAUCGGUCUAGAAGUAAUCGAACGUGUCAUCCACUGUAAUCGAUUACUACGUGUUUUCUCUUUCCCCAAUAUUACUAUUAAUAUUUACAUAACAUGUGUAUUGACUUAUCUUUUUUAUAUCGCCUAAACAGAGAAUGAGAUCAUACGUGAAAAACUGAUAGGAUAGGUAAUUCCAAUAUAGUUGCAGUAUGUUAAAAUGUCGAUUGUAUCUGUGCCAAAUGAAUUUAACGAUUCGAAAUCUUGCUUCCUUUAUUUUACCUCUUCAGUUUUCUUUUCCUUGGUAAUUUGAUGUACUAUAUUAAAAGAUUUGAUCAAUGUUUUAUUUUAGUGCUGCAACCAAUUAUAAUGAAACUGAUUAAGAAUUAUUUUAAGACUGAAUUGAUAACAAAAUGUCAAUAAGAACACCCAAUGCAAAACAGUCGAUGGUUUUUUAGAUUAUAUCAUAGAUCUUUGUUGCGCACAGCAUAUUUUUGUGCAUUAGUAAACAAUGCACAUUUCAAGUUAAAUGAUUGUAGAUACAUCGCAACACACAGUAAACUUCAUUCGUUAGUUUUGCUCAUUGCGUUUUUGUUAUAUAUAAUAAGAUAAUAAGAAAUUUUUUAAUAUUAGAGCUUACAUCGAUACGUUUUUUACCAUCGUUUUGUCUGCCUAACAUGGUUCGCAUUUUCUUUUUAACGAAUGUUAAUAUAAUAUGGGACCGUUGAAUUCAAUCGCUAAACAUUUGUCAAAGAUCUUAAAAGCUUAUUUUAGCUUUUAUAUAUACAUUAUCGUUUCGUGAUUUAUAAUCUUUUUAGCCUUAGAGGUGAAUUGGCUUUAAAUGAUUACUUAAAUAAACUGAUCUAGUGAUUACAAUUUAUAAAAACAUGUAACCAAUUGGAUCCAUUCUCCCCUCUAUGAUUGAAUCACGACAUGAUUUCAAAAUACUCGCAGAAGAGCAUAUCGAUUUGUAGAUUUACUCUGUUCAUUUCUAUAAACUGAUAUUGAGUUGCAAAGUCCGUGUGUGUAAUGACAUUUACAUUAUCAAUUUACACAUAAGAUUUGCCAAAGUGAGCAAGUAGAUACUGUUUUGUAUGAACUAACUGCUUAGAUUAUGUGCAAUAUAUGAUAAUAUAGAUGCGGUACACAUGGAUUCGCUCAUUUUUGUGACGCUCAACAUAGUAUACGGAAACAAUACUAGAAAAUAAUAAUAAUAAUAAUAGCGAUUAAAAUGAAAUCUCAUGCGAUGCUUUUGUUCAUUAUUAUUAUUAUUAAUUUUACUGCUAUUCUUGAUGCCCAUUCCUGUUAAAUUGACUGUGAUUUAAGAAUAUUGAUAGACAUAGGUUUUUCUCGAAAUGAUUCGUUUUUAUUAAGAACGCGAAGGCGAUCAUUUUUGUCGACGAAUGAUAUUCUGUUGCGAUUAUUAUUUUUAUUUGGAUUAAUAUGGCCGCGUCGAAAAAAAUCACUAAGGGGACUUCUAUAGAUCGAUAGACGAUUUCGCGUCGUUCGCUUAUAUUAUGUUCGCCGACUAUGCUAGGGAGACGCGAUGAAACGAAAGAAACGCGCAAUACGUCUACGCUAGUGCGUGUAUAACAGGAACGAAUAGAAAACCAAUACGAACAAGCCACGAUUUGAUACUUUAUGAUAUAUACUCUUAACAGACCUCGCAUAUUUUAUUUGUAAGUCAUUUAUUCGGAAAAAGAUGUGAAUGUGUAUUGGAUACUAGCGAUGAUCAUUCUUGCCAUUACAUUACUCAUCUCGAAGUAGCCAAAAUAAAAAUGAACUCUCAUGCUCUCCGCCUCGUCACCCUCGGUGCUCAGCGAUAAGUUCACCGAUAGUCUAAGAUCAGCUGUCGUAUCAUUUUUACACAUGACCGAAGUGACUCGCUUUUACUUGAUCAAAAGAAUGUAUACAUGUUUUAAUAGCGAUUUUUAAAAUUUGAUCUAUGAGGUGAUGAGAAUGGAAGGAAGGUAUUAUGCCUUUAAUCGUGCAAGUUGACUGAGAAAUCAACGAGAAGAAACACAGAAUCCUUCUCUAUUGACUGAUCAUUAAUAUUAUCGCAUACUAUGAAAAUUGAUAAACUGCCAUGAUUUACGAUAAGUUAGACUCGAGAGUGAAAUGACGAUGUGCACAAAGCUUUCUUCGGCUGACUUUCACGACAUCGCCUGAAUCAUCAUCCCCAUAUCAUUCAUACUACUGUUUUGCGUCAAUAGUCGAGAAGGUUGAAGCGCACAUCUUGAUUACACGCUCGAGCGCGAGUCGUCAACACACUCAUUUCUCGAUCACAAACAUGUCCAUCGUAUAAUCUCUUAACACUUUCAAUGCCGCGGCAAUCAUGUCGAAGAGCAACGUCUCAAUAGCAUAUAUAUAAAAUUAUUGUACUUAUGCAUUUGUAUGUAAAUACGAAGAAAAAGAACGAUAUUUACAUUUACAUUUAAUUUACAAUUUUACGAUGUACAAUUCCUAAUAUUAGACUUACAGACAAAUUAAAAUUCAUGCGGCAUUGAACGUAUUAAUGUUAAUUCUAAUGACAGUCGAAAUGAUUUAUCAAGUUUCGUGUAACAUGAAGUUACGGAACGAAGAACGCUCAAUUUAUUGACUGUUUUAACUCAAAAAUUAAUUCGAAAAUCAAUGGUAUCGCGAUCAAGCCUCGUCUGUUUUGUAAACGAUAAAAGAAAGAAGACAAGAACUUGGACAAUACAAAUUUUUUACAUUAUAUACAUAUUUUUAACAUUAGCCACACAUAAAUAUCUCAAUAACUUAAUUUUAAAAAUUAGAAUUCUCUAAAAAUACAAUAUAUUUUUCCUGAUAUUAAUUAUAAUAAAUAAUAUCUUUUAUUAAUUAUAAAUGUAAUUAUAUAAAUAUGAUUUUCAAGGUUAAAUAAUGCUGAUGAGAUUUUAGUUUUACUUGUGUGUUUUUGGAAAAAAGAAACUGUAAUAUGAUAAAAACUAAAACACCUGACGUGUCAUCAAUAGGUUUUCCAAACUCUAUUUAUCUAUUCAUUGUAAAUGUAUUAUCAUUACUUAUUAUUAUACUAUUCUAAUUAUGAAAUUUUUUGACAUAGAUUAAAGCAAUACAAAGGUCCGAGUACAUUGAAUACAAUUCUAAUUCAAUUCUAACAAGACUAUGGCAAUCAAAACCUAAUAUGACAUAUUGCUUCUUUAUUAUUAUCAUACCAUGACAAAAAUUAGUCUGAUUAAAAUCCAUAUCAAUCCUUAUAUUAUCGUUAAGAUUUUCGAAUUAUGUUUCGUUUUAAAACGAUGCGUACAACGUGAUUCCGCGAUUCUAAUUUUGCAUUUCUCGAUAAAUUUAUCGAUCGCGACCCUGGCGAAAAAUAGAGAGAAUAAUUCUAUAAUAUCACGCUUUUAGAAUCGUAAUUCACAGGAGACUCUUUACCAUCUUUUCAAAGCGUUAAGAUUACGAGCAAGACGAUCGAACAAAAUCCGACAUUGUACUAUUAACAAGAAUAACCUCAUAUUCAUUAGCGAUAUUAUUGUUUAUAAUUCAUUGGUAUAUCUCCAAUCAAUAUAAUUGUAGGAGAGACGUAUGGACUUUAUUGAUACUUUUUAAUUUUUAAGGAUAGAUGUCCCCGGGAAGAGUGAAAGCCAAAUAUCAAAACACAAAUUUGAAAUCACACAAAGAUAAAAUCUUUUUUUAUAAAAAUUCACAAAUAUUUUGUAUAUUAUAUUAAUUUAUUUCUAAAUCUAAAUUUUUUAUUAAAUUAUUCUAUUAAUUUGGUAUAUUUAUUAUAUAUAGUAUAGUCUAUUGUGAGCAUUUGAAGAAAUAAUAAUUUCUAUCAUUACGAUCUAAACAAUACACAACAUUAUCUAAAUAUUUAUAAAAUUAUUAAAAGCUAGGAAAUUUUCAAAUUUAUUGGUAUUCAUGUGGAAGUUAAAUAUACAAAAAUUUAUUUGAUUUAUAAAAGACUUAAUUUUUUUAAUAUUUUAAAUAUUUUGUUGUGAUUUCUGAUUUAAACCUAAUGAUAGAUUAAUGAUGAAUCUUUAAGCAUCAUGUUUUUUGUAUAUUCAAUGAUUCUAUCAAAGUAUGUAUUUGUAACAGAAAUGCAUUAAUUUUUACUGAAAACUUUAAAUAUUAUUAGAAAAUUAUAUUUUAAUAACAGUGAACAUUAAGUAUUGAAUAUUAUUUUUUCAACUAGUGCUCUUAAAUGUUAAGAUAACAUUAAAUGUUAAUUAAAUAUGUUUUUAAAAACGUGAAAUUGGAAAUGUUUUUUCUCUUUUUGUUAAAGUACAAUUCAGAAUAUUAUUCUUGAAUUUUGACUCUUUUUUAAUCAUAUAGCCAUUAUUUGAUUUUCACUCUUCAAUUGUUCCUAUAAGCCUAUUGCAUUUUCCUUUGAUUUUUUCUCCCUAUAUAUUUAUAAAAAAAAAACUACGUUAUAAUUCCGAGAAAAAAAUCAUAGUUACAAUUAUAUACAGAGUAUCCCAGAAUUAAACCGACAAAUUUCAGGUGAUUAUAAGGGACACCAAAACAAUUUUAUUAAUAAAUCUAUGUCUGCUUUUAUUAAUGUGAUUAAAUAGAGGUGUUUUUACUACAUGAAACUUUUGUAUAAAACAUUUUUUGAUAUCUUGAAUAAUUUUCAAGAUAUAUCGAGAAAAGCAAAAAGCCACUUUACAUAUGAGAGGUGAUUUCACUUCUUGGACUCGUUUUUCGGCCGUAAAUGGAAAUUUCUAAAUUCAUCUAUCCCUCCCCCCCCCCCCCCCUUACAUGUGUAUAAAGUUUUAUCAAAAUCAAAAUUUUCUGGUUCACGAGGAUCCCUUGUUAGUCUUUGAUUCUCUAGUGCCAGAACGGCUCAUUUGCGGACACGGGUUUAUUGGCAAAAUUGGCAUGUUUUGGUGUGGCUUUAUAAUCACCUGAAGUUUUUCGGUCUAAUUCUGGGACACCCUGUAUAUUAUUUUUCGAUGUUCUCACAGAUAUCAAUGUGUACGUUAUAUUGUGAAAGCACGAGCGAUAUAUUAUAGUUUGACUUGAUCUGAUUUAAUAUUUCACGAGACUCACACACAUAUACAUGCAAACACACAUCAAUCGUGCACAAUCGAUGGGUCCUGUUCUAUCUAUUUAUAUUUACUAAAUAUAAUACGAAUUCCCCGAAAGAUUAUAUGCACUGUACAGAACAAAUCAGAUUUAAUAAAUUUUUGUUCUCCCCAAAUUUUGACUGCAUUCGUAGAGCAAAAUAAAUGAAUUUUGCAAUUAGAAUUAUGUGACGUUCGUUUUCAUUUCUCCCGUAUCUGUAACGUAUACGUAUAUGUAUGAAUUCGAAACUAAAGAGUGAUGUGUGUGAUUUUAAGAAUAUGCGAACAAUAGCAUAUAUAGUUAAUUAAUAAUCACAUAUUCAAUAUAUAAAAGAUACAAUAUUUUUUUCUUAUAGCUAUUUUUAUUGGAUUAUUAGUUAUCUGUUACUCAUAUAAUUUCCUGUGACAGUCUCGCGAGAUAUGAAACAUAAGGAUAGCAUAUAUAUACAUACAUAAAAAAUUUACGUAAUAAUGAUAAUAUCUAUGUAUUGUCUUUAUGUUAAGAUGCUAAUUAUUGAUAAAUAUGUUAAGAUGUUUAUAUGGUGAUUUACGUUCUGGUCCUAUAUUCGAAUUGGAUUUUUGUUCGUAAUCAAACGUGCUGAAAAACGUUACUUAGGAUAAAAUGCCAAAAAUCUCCUACGAAUUAUCAUAUCUAAAAUAAUAUCACCGAAAUUGUGAGCUGAUAUACAAAACGAUAUUUAUAUAUCGUAUUUAUGUUACAAUCGCUAAUGAAAUACAGAAUCAUUGAUGUAUCAUCCUUCAAUUAACAACUCUUUGAUAAAUUCAGUAAUUAUUCGUACUUAACGAAAAUUCUGAUGAAAAAUAACCUUUGCUAUACAUUUUCAAUCUUCAACGUUAAGUAUGCAGUUAAUACUGAAAUUACAAAUUUAAAGUUUACUAUUGAAAGAAGAAAAAGAUUUAUAUAUUUUCAGCUCUGAAUCUUAGUUCGCUAAAAAUGAAAUUUUUGAUUGCUUAUAAUUCAAAAACUUUAAUAAAUUCUCGAUAUUUUUACACAAAGAAUUAACUCUACAUAUGAAAAACAAUUUUAAUGUUAAACAAUGAUAUGAUGAGUCAUCUUAAUAACCGAAAAUACAAAAAUUAAAAAAGCCGUACGUGCGAAUAUAGUUACAAGAAAAAAAAAAUAGAGAAGAUAUUAGAGAAGCAACACCUAUUGCAAGUAGUUUAAUAUAAGUUGAAUAUCGUUAUAGUUGAUUAUACAUUUUUGGUUCUUUGUCCAUUCGACUAUUGACUAUGUCCCCCGUUAUAGUUUGUAAUAUUAGAUGAACUCAUUAGAUGUAAUUUAUCGCGAUACGAUAUAAUAAUAGUUAUAGCAGCAUACUUUACACGAACUUUACGUUAAUUGAUACUUUUAUUAUCCUCCGAUUAAUCCGCUGAUUUUAAUAGCUAUUAGAUCAUGUACAAGUAAGAUAUUUCCAAUGUGAAAUUCGAUAAGUUUCAUUAAGUCGAUGAUAAUAUAAUAAUAAGCAAUAAGAGAAGUUAAUUUAUCGCAUGUAGUACGAUGUUGUCGAUGUAUGUCCUUUAAUCGAUAUAAUUUUGUUUUUGAGUAACAAUUGCUUUUCUGAAUCAUUGUAUGUAUAUAUAUAUAUGUAAUGCCGCUUAAUAUCUUUGUCGCAUAUUUAGAUAAAAUCACCUAUAUUCUAGAUUUGAAAGGCAUUUUUUUUUUCGGGAAAUGCCAACUUUAAAGCUAAUCUAAGUUUCGCAAUAUAACACACUGUAAGAACAAAAUGUAUUGGAUAUUUGGUACUGAAAAUACACGAUUUUAAAAUG